AUGAACUCGUCACAGGUGGCGGAAUUGAUCGCAGCGCAUCGACACAGUGUACGCGAGUUCGAUUUUGAGAAUGUUGUUUUAAUUAAUGAUGAUAGCUGGGAUGAUGCACUAGGACCUUUAUUGAACAAAUCGUCUCGUGGUAGCCGCUGGAUUCGACAGUCAAUGGCUACUAUUACUGAAGAUGCAAGCGCUCCUUCACCGGACCUAUCAGACAAUUUUAUAGAUGAUCUAUCAGGUGACUCGCCAGCUGUUUCGGCAGCGUCGCAAAAGCUUUUAGAUGUUGAUCUAAAUGGCGACGAGGAAGAUGAUGAUGAAUCAGCGGAACAAAAUGAUGAAUUUGAUCUUCCUUCUGACCUAGAGGCUGCCAGGCAAGCUAGUCUUUCGUUUCCAAACAAGCUUAAGAAGCGUAAAGUCACAAAGCGUCGUCGCAGAAGAAAGGAUAAGAACGAAUCUCGUGAAGAUGAUAAACACGAGUUUCAUUCACGUCAUCAUCACCGGCAACCUUCUAAAGAUUCUAUUGACCAGCCUAGUGAUGAACAUCGUCGUCAUCGCCGCCACCGACAUCAGAAACCCCAAGAAUCCUUUGAAAGGCAGCCAGAAAUUCAUGGUUUUGACCAAAGCCGUCGGCCCUCGGAUGAGUCCUUUGAAUAUCCUCACCAUCCGCUACAUUUAUCUAUCUCGCCACAAAGCUCUCAACAUCGCUUGUUUGGCGAAGUUGAGAGCAUUUAUUCAACCUCGUCGCGCCGUCUGUUUGGUGAAGUAUCGCAGCUCACUAACUCGGGAUCCGAGCCGGAGCUCACACACUCACCUGUUGAUGACUCAGACUCAGUCGUCGAUGAGUAUUUCCGCCCUAGUACACCUACCACUACACCGAUGGACAUAUCGGCACCUAUUCUUAGCACAGCACCUAGCAUGCCUGUAUUAUUAGAACCUCACGUUUAUGACCCCAUUGCGGAGCUAUGCUCCGAAAUCACGGCGUACAACGUGAUAUUGAAGCGGAAGAAGCGCAGAGGCGUGUAG